UAUUGAGCAAAGUAGGUACCCCACGAUUCUAGCCUUGUCCUUAUGUGAGACACAUAUGUCUCAUCAGAACAAAAGUGUCAGUAUGUAGGCCUACAAUCAACAUUUUAAAGUUUCAUUCAGAUGUUUGGAAAAAUUACCAUAGAAGAUAUAUUUUCGUUGCUACUAAAUAACCAAUGUUCAGCUAUACAUGACAUAGUGCGGAGACGAAAUAACCAAUGUUCAGCUAUACAUGGCAUAGUGCGGAGACGAAAUAACCAAUGUUCAGCUAUACAUGACAUAGUGCGGAGACGAAAUAACCAAUGUUCAGCUAUACACGACAUAGUGCGGAGACAAAAGCUGAAAUCACAGUGAAUAGUGCGCGGAAAUAAUUGCAAAGUAUUUGGCUCUGCGAGAACCCGUGGCAAAUACCCGGACCCUGUGUAUUAAAACUGCACCCGAUUAAUCAAGCCCUAGAAUACAACACCAAGAGACACCCGGAAAUAGCCUUGAUGACCACUGUCAAAGACUCAUCUUGUAUUUGGACCCACACAGAUGAAAUUAAAUCUGUAAAUAAAAAAAAUAAAACCGUUUUUUUUAAAAAAAUAUUUUUGUUGUUGUUGUUGAGAUAUUAAGUCAGGCGUGAUAGGUUUUCGUUUGGCUUUUCUGUUCAUGCCUCCCUCUCUUUGAAAUGGAGAGUAGCUAAAUUGUUUCGGCAAAGACGGUGGACGUCGCGGCUUACUUCUUGUGCCAUGCACUGCGGGCCCUGGCUGAGUUUAUCGAUCUGUGACUUGGUGUUGUGCCAUUAGGACACACGAGCUAGAAAGAGAGAGUUCUUAAAACAACGGUCCCCCUAACACACAUGCUCAAUGUAUGUUUUCAAUCCAGUGUUGCUUGCAUGCAAAGAAAUUAAGCUCGGUCACAGAAAAAGAUUUCCGCAGAUUUCCAUAACCCUGAAGUUGCCCAAGGAAAAUGUCAGCUUGGUUUCAAUGUUCUCUGGAGCUGAUUUGUUCGGGAGAUGCACACUUAGAAUCUAGACAUAUUUAUAGUUUUUAAUGAUGUGUUGAAAGGUUGAAGUUUGUUUUCUCUAAUAGAAUACAAAUCUAUCGAUAUGUCGCAAGUGGAAGAGAUUACAUCAACUUGUUUUAUUUUAAUGUCAAUGCAGAAACACAAUUCACGAAACGGUUUCGUGUAGGAUCCUGUCUCAUCUUGAGCUCACUGUCUGGUAAGAGGAGUGCACCUAGGUGUAAGGAGCAGCCGUGAAAAUUUCGCCUGCAAUCUUGUGCACGUUGAGUAUUGAAGCACAUUUGACAACGCGGUGAUUCCGCGGCUACCAACCUUGUAAGGCUAGAGUUGGAGUUCUUGCGAUCAAAGUACAAUGAUGUGAAUAUUACAACAAAAAAAAAAAAAAACAAAGAAAGAGGGAAAAUAAAAUUUAAAAUUAUAAAAAAAAAAAAAAACCUUGUAAGGCUAGAGUUGGAGUUCUUGCGAUCAAAGUACAAUGAUGUGAAUAUUACAACAAAAAAAAAAAAAAACAAUGAAUGAGGGAAAUUCAACUUUAAAUUUUGCACCAAUUAUACACUAGAUUUUUGUUGAAUAAGAAGAUGGUGACCAAGUUUUUAUUGAGCGUGCUUGUGCUGUGUCUGCAACAAAGACAUAUCACGUGUUACAGAGGUGAGUAGGACAGGCGUCUGUUACGUAUUGCUGGAUGUGUCAAUGGUCCACAAAAUUGAUUUAUAAAAUAAAUAAAAAAAUAAAUAAAUGAUGCUUCACCCAUUACAUGAAAACUACGCCAUUUACGUUUAGCCAUGGCACUUUUGAAGAGGGCCUGGUGUUGGUACCUGACUGUUGAGAGCCUAAUGAAGCCCGUGAUAUCGAGGCUAUGGAAAUGAGAUUUAUAGUAGUAGGAUCGUGUUUGGGGAAUUAUACCCUGGGUAUCCUGGUGACAUUGUCAUGGGGGCGCGGGGAGGGGGGAUCUUGCAUGAGGACCAUGACAUGGAGACCCUGGGUGUACAUUUAUGUAUAUUAAUUUUAAAACGUUUAUAAAUAUAUUUUUUUUAAAAGAACAAUUGGGCAUCCUGUCCACAAUAUCACAGCCAACAUGUGGAAAACUGAUAUUUCAUAGUUAUUCCUCAACAUCAUUUAGUUUUUAUGGAUUUCAAAUUUUAGAGAUAUCCCCCCCCCCUCCUUUACUUUAACCCUGUUAUAUACUAAAACUAUUUUUUUUUUUGUGGUCCAGUUAUUUCUAAUGAAAUCAAAGCAACCAAUGGCUUGUCAUGUCUGUCCUGUUACAAUGGUCAACCUGGCAUUGAUUGUAUCAACAUAGGCAAUGGGAGUGGCAUACCCACCCAAGUCUGUCUCCCAGAGGAGCCUUUUUGCAAGGUACAUAAAAGUACAGUAUUUUGUUAGAAGCCUUGAAGAAAGGCAAUGUUGGAUCAUAACUAGAAUUUGACAUCAUAACUAGUAUGUGACAUCAUAACUAGAAUUUGACAUCAUAACUAGAAUUUGACAUCAUAACUGGUAUGUGACAUCAUAACUAGUCUUUGACACCGUUACUAGCAUGUGACAUCAUAACUAGUAUGUAACAUCAUACCUAAUAUGUGAUAUCAUAACUAGAAUUUGAAAUCAUAACUAGAAUUUGAAAUCAUAACUAGUAUGUGACGUCAUAACUAAUAUGUGACGUCAUAACUAGUAUGUUACAUGAUAACUAGAAUUUGACAUCAUAACUAGUAUGUGAUUUCAUAUCUAGUUUUUUGACAUCAUAACUAGAGUGUGACAUCAUAACUAGUAUUUUCACAUCAUAACUAGUAUUUUGGCAUCAUAACUAGUAUGUGAUAUCAUAUCUAGUUUUUUGACAUCAUAACUAGAGUGUGACAUCAUAACUAGUAUUUUCACAUCAUAACUAGUAUUUUGGCAUCAUAACUAGUAUGUGACAUCAUAACUAUUAUGUGACAUCAUAACUAUUAUGUGACAUCAUAACUAGUAAUGGACAUUAUAACUAGCAUUUGACAUCAUAAAUAGAAUUUGACAUCAUAACUAGAAUGUGACAUCUUAACUAGUAUGUGACAUCAUAACUAUUAUGUGACAUCAUAAAUAUAGUGUGACAGGAGCACUAAAAUUUAGCCAACAUGACACUAGAUACAACUCAGUGAAAUGCCUAUUUUUUAAAUGUAAAGCUGCGCUAAAGUGGGAUUGGAAAUAACAAGCUAAAAAUGAAUGACCCGAUUGACAUAAAUCAUAAAACAUUUGUCAACCGUGUGCUUCAUGCAAAAUUUUUUAGGGGCCAACCAUAACCACAGUCAAACAUCUUUGUGAUGAUUUGGGUUUAAAAAAAAAAGAGGGGUGUAAAAAAAAAUGUGAGACAAAAUAGCAUAAUGUCAUUUAAGGAUUGUCCCUUAUUUCAUUAAUAUUAAAUACCAGAAUGGCAACACAAUGUUCUAUUAUUAAUUUUGAAAAAAAAUUCAAUGUUAUUUAUUCAAUAUUAAAUAGUAUAUUAGUUAAAUUUUUAGUUUAUAAAUGAAAUAAAAAUUAAAUAAUUUAGCUUGUCAAUGAUAAAAAAAAAGGGUUAUUUGUCCCCAAAAAAUCUAAUUUAUCUUGUAAAUUCAUAUUUUUUAUUACCUGUACAAAGCAGUAUGAAGCACUAAUUUAAAAAAAAAAAAUAUAUAUAUUUUUUUUGCAAACCAUUUUUUGUUUUGUUUAUACAGGUCAGACGCCUGACUACAGACGAUGUGCUGACAACUUUAGACAGAAUGUGUGACAGCUAUUGUACUCCAGGGUGCAAGGAGGCCGCCUGGUAUGUUGAGUGUAUCUCUUGCUGCAACCAAGAAUCCUUGUGUAAUAAAGACAAUGCUGCCAGUGGAUUGGAUCACUCGUUUGGAAAAUUUAAAAGUCAUGCUCACAAUCCAUUUUUUGUUCUAUCUUAUUUUUUAGUUCUUUAUGUGAUUUUCUUAAACAACCGAAAUUUAUUAUCCUUAAAUUUGGUUGAAUGAGAAAAGUUUUACUGGAACUGAAAUGGGAAUGACAUUUUUACAAUUUUUAUAGUUACUAUUUAGUAAUGUUGCAUUGUUUUCUGCCUAUAUUUGCCAAAAGUAUUAGCUUUAUGCAAUAGUAUGAAAUAUUGGGCAAUUAAAAUGAAGUGAGAUCAAUGUCCCAAACAGUGUCAGGUUAGGAAAAUGUUUCGUAUAGUGCCCAAAUCAAAGUUCCUAUAAAAUUUUAUUUGAAUGGGCCCCCUGAAAAGUCUGAGGUCCUAUCCUCAAGCCAACUCAGCCUGAUUAAUCCAGCUCAAAGUGAAUCUUGUAUUUCUACACAGCAGUAGGUGGGCAGGAUCUAUCCAAUGCCAUUUAUUGGAAAAGUGUAACUGUAAAACUUGUUGAAAGAGUUUCCUGUGUAAAAUACAGAAAAAAAAUUUAAGUUAAAAAUGAAUUUGACUAAAACCAAAUUACCUCCGAGGAAUUAACUAUUCUGUUGAUGCACCAGUGUCUAUCCAUGUCAGUUAAUAAUUCUUUAAAAAAAUCAACUUCAGGACUUUUUUCUCCAUGUAAGUGGAGACAAUUUAUCAGCCACCUGCCCUUGAGUUUUUAUUUGUAUAAUAAGUGUAGAGUUGACUUUGCUCAGGACCUGUAAAAUAAAAAAUGUGAAAUUUUCUUUUUAAAAAAUUAAAUGCUAUCACGAUCAUUUAUCAUGAUUUUUUUCAAUUGAAAGCCAUGAGUGAAUCUACCAUGUUGUCUCAGAUAGUUUGCCUUGUAUGUAAUUUAUUCAUUCAUUCCCCAAAGGGUCACAUUAUGUACGGUAAGUAAAAAUAAUGAUCUGUUCCAUAUCUUGUUGAGAAUAAAAAUAUUUAAGUAAGUUUUUGUUGCAUGUUAAUACUAUUGUAUAAAUUGUUUUGUAUCACUUAUUUAAGACAAAAUCAAUCAAAUUUAUGAAAUUAGAAAAAAAAUCAAUAAGACAAGGGUUUAAAAAAAAAAUAUUUUAAUUUGUUAGUGUUUGUAUAUUUUAUGUAAAAUGACAAGAUCCAAUACAUGAGGACAAGCUACACACACCAUUACAGGGUGUCAUAACUUUAUGCAU